AUGUCCGCCUCAAUCGCUCUCGCACUCACCCUCUCUCCUGACAAUCCGUCUAACACCGCUGUCCUUGACCCUGACGGCAAAGCGCUCUACACAGCGCACACCGAGCAUGGCAAGGCCACCGUUACGCAUGUUCAGAAUGCGGACGAGAAGGUCCUGGCGUCUCUGGAAUGGCGGGAUGUCCUGCCCGAUAAAGUGACGUUAGGGAACAAGAGUUCCGUCUCUAUCCGCGACUGGCUCCAUACGAGCGUUGUACCUUUCUACCUUAAAGACGACGUGUCAUUCCAAGACGACACAGGGCGCAAGUACAAAUGGCGCGGUAACGCCCCAGGUCGCACUCUCGAGCUGUUUGCGCAGGACGAUGGAUUUAAGGAACCCAUUGCGCGUUUCGUCAAGUCCCGCGUGGAUCGCGCGUCGGGAACAACCAGUCCCGCCACGCUCGCGCUCACAGAGCGUGCGGUGCAGAUCCGCGACACCGUCGUCAUCUCGUUCCUCUUCCUGGAAAAGACCCGGCGGACAAACGAGACGGCGUCGCAGAGUCGCGCAGAUGUCCUCUCCACCCCAGUGUUCUCGGCUUUGACUGGUUCAGAUUACAAUGUUCGUAAUGGCGGGGUUGGUGUAUAG